AUGGGUCGCAUGCACUCGAAGGGUAAGGGUAUUUCCUCGUCGGCUCUGCCGUACAGCCGCAAUCCCCCGUCGUGGCUGAAGACCACUCCGGAGGAGGUUGUGCAGCAGAUUGUGAAGCUCGCCCGUAAGGGUGUUACGCCUUCGCAGAUUGGCGCUCAGCUCCGUGACAGCCACGGUAUCGCCCAGGUCCGUUACGUGACUGGUAACAAGAUUCUGCGUAUCCUCAAGAGCGAGGGCCUUGCCCCGGAGAUCCCGGAGGACCUUUACCACCUCAUUAAGCGUGCCGUCACCGUGCGCAAGCACUUGGAGCGCAGCCGCAAGGAUGUGGACGCCAAGUUCCGUCUCAUUCUGAUCGAGUCGCGUAUCCACCGUCUGACCCGCUACUACAAGACUACUGGUGCGGUUCCCCCGACCUUCAAGUACGAGUCGUCGACGGCCUCGACCCUCGUGGCUUAA